AUGUACAUCAACAUAGUGUCUGAGGACCUCUCCAAGGUGUUUGCUGAUGCUGUCUCUAACGGAAACGUCCGUAUUCUCCGUGUAUCUAUUGAGCAUGAAUCUUUGAUUCCAAACGGCACUUCUCCUGUCCAAGGUGAUUUCGAGUCUGAUUACAAGCAGCAUAUCGAAGAAUAUCUCGAGUCUACUACACCAUCCUACAUCUUUGUUCGCUUUGACGAAAAGAAUGCUUCUGGAGAAUACAAAUGGCUGUUCCUCUGUUACGUUCCCGAUAAUGCCAAAGUCCGUGAUAAGAUGUUGUAUGCUUCAACUAGAGCUACAUUGACCAAGGAGCUUGGGGAUUACAGAUUUUCAGAUAGCAUCUAUGGUACCGAUAAGGCGGAGUUUACCUGGGAUGGAUACAAGAAGCAUCUUGCUCACAAGAAUGCAGAGGCUCCACUGACAAGACGUGAGCAAGAGCUAGUGGAAAUCAAAGCUGCUGAGGCUGCCACAGUGUCUGAUUAUCAAGGUACUGCCACUCGAAAGAGCUAUGCGCCUGGAGUUGCAUUUCCUCUGACAGAAAAGGCCGUUCAAGCACUUUCAGAGUUGAAAAAGACUGACGAUAGAUCAUACAAUUUUGUUUCUUUGCAUUUGGAUAAUGAAAAGAUUGACUUGGAUAGUGCAACACAAGUUUCCAUUGACGAGCUGAGCAAGACAAUUAGUGCAACUGCCCCAAGAUUUACUUUUUAUAUCUAUCAACAUGGAUCUAGUGAAUCACUCGUUUUCAUUUAUACAUGCCCUUCAAGCUCCAAGAUCAGGGAGCGCAUGCUGUAUUCAUCUUCCAAAGCCAAUGUCAUUACAGCUGCUGAACAUGAGGCUUCUAUCGAAAUAGCCAAGAAGUUUGAAACCAGCGACUUGUCUGAUUUAACUGGCGAGUAUUUUGAUGAAGAACUUGCUCAGCAACAACAACAUCAACAACUACAAAGCGCCGGCAACUCUAAUGUGAGUUCUCCUACUGGUAGUAUGGUGGGUGAUCGUAUUCAAAUGUUGGGCGGUACAAAGCAAGGCUUCAAGAGACCCGUUGCACCUGGCAGAAGAAGACCCGCCACCGCCAGCUCUUCUCUCCAUUCCUCCUCCACCUCCACCAGCACUACAAAUACAACCUCUUCUUUCUAG